AAUGAUAGGGAUAAAUGACACCUUAUUUUAAGGAGUGACCUCAGUCCCCUCAAAAGUUGGGUCACUAUCAUUGUCUCUGAUCCUAUACCCCCUUCAUCCACCUUUUGGACCUGAUUGCCAUUUGAAGUUUAGUCCCCUUGGUGGUUUCCUUUCCUUCCUUUGACCAUUCUGAUUCCAUCAUCUUGCUCCAGCUUAUGGCCAUUGCCAUCUUGACAAAUUGUGGGGAGGGCAAUGGUGCACUUUAAGAGCCAGGCACAGUCUUACUGCAGACUCCAGCCUCCUGCAUCCCCAUGCUUUUAGAAUUGUUCCCUUGGGAGAAGAAUAGUGUAGAACAAACAUUGUGUAGGAAUGAGGCAGCAAAAAGAGUCGGCCUCACUCCUUCUAUCCAGUUCCUUGAUGGGUUUUCCGGCUCCAGGGUCAUCUCCGCGUUAAGUGUGGCUCCGCCCAUGCAGAGGGGUGGAGCAUAGGCGGAGUCGGAGGAGUCUGGGACGGAACAAAGCCCGGCCUGCGGGCGGCGGCUGGGCUCUCUCCGGAGGCCGGGCCACAGAGAGCGGGUCCUCUGGGCAGCAGUCCGCAGCAAACGUAGGAGGGGUGGAGGCGGCAUCGCGGUCCGCGCGGUCUGGCUAUGAACGGGCUGCCCUCAACUGAGGCGCCCGGUGGCGCGGGCUGCGCUCUGGCUGGGCUCCCGCCGCUACCGCGCGGCCUCAGCGGCCUUCUUAACGCUAGUGGUGGCUCGUGGAGGGAGCUAGAGCGUGUCUACAGCCAACGGAGCCGCAUCCACGACGAGCUGAGUCGUGCCGCCCGCGCCCCGGAUGGUCCUCGCCACGCCGCGGGCUCUGCCAAUUUAGGCUCUGCAGCGGGCCCGCGCCGCCCGGUUAACCUCGACUCUGCACUGGCCGCGCUGCGCAAGGAAAUGUUGUCCGCAGGUGGGUCUGCGACAGCUGGAUAUGUCCCUGCUGUGCCAGCUGUGGGGCCUGUAUGAGUCGAUCCAGGACUACAAGCAUCUGUGCCAAGACCUGAGCUUGUGCCAGGACCUGUCAUCCUCUCUGCACUCCGACAGCUCCUACCCACCCGAUGCCGGCCUGUCUGAUGACGAUGAGCCUCCUGAUGCCAGCCUGCCCCCAGACCCUCCACCCCUCACCGUGCCCCAGACUCACAAUGCCCGUGACCAGUGGUUGCAGGAUGCCUUCCAAAUCAGCCUUUGAAAAGCUGAGGUGGAUUGGAAUGCACCCACACAAAAGGCUCAAAACUUGCCCUUCAGCAAGUCCUUAGUCGACAGUGCCUGCUCUUUUACCGGUACCACCUCACCUCACUUCAGGAGGGCAAGGCAUUAUACCCAUCAGGCAAAGCGGUCAAGAUUGCAGCCUCUACCCGGUGUACUGGGCUAACACUUCUCCCACAUGUGUGCACCCUAGCUUGGCCAGCCCUUAGUCUGACCGUGGGGCCCAAAGCGUCUUGCACUCCCGUUUGCAUCUCUGGGACUGGGAUGAGUGCCUAGCUUCCAUCUCUUUGUCGUCUUUUGCUGCCUCUUGCAGCUACUGGCUCAGGGGCAUCACUACCUGUGGCCCCAGGAUUUCACUGCCUGGGACAAGGGCUCCAGAACCCACCUCUGUAGCCACCCACGACCAGAAAGGCUAAGGUCUUUAUGCUGGAUAUUUAAGUUUAGCGGUCAGUUCCUGGACAGGGAAAUAAACAAUUUCAGCAUUGUA